CCCCCCCCUCCCACACCCGCUUUUUGAAGUCCCCUUCCACCACCUUGUCUUCUGGAUAUCUCAAGUCCUUCGAGGACAUCCCUCGCCGUGGCUCAUCAUGGAGGACCGCAUUAAAUUCGACAUCAACGAAUCUUUGAAGUACUACUUGAGCGACCCGGCCUCUGUGCCUACCCCAGAUGCAGACCCGGAGCUGCUAGAUGGCGAAACCGAACCGGAUCAACUGACGACUGCUCUGAUCGACAAUAUAUUGAACUUGAUUGUUGAUGCAGUUGCAGAGAAUCCCGAAGGACUGACUCGGUCGUCCUUUUUUGAUUCUUUGCAAUUCCUGUUAAAAUACUCUUCGUUCUUUCCUACACGAAGUCUGAGCAAACUUCUUGAUCUAGUUGUUUCUGGCUUAUCAGUAGAAGCGGACAUAAUCCAUGGAGACCUCGAGUCCGACGAGCAGGAUGGCAUGCAGCAACACAAGCAGUUACUCGAGAUGUACGGCUUCCUUUUGCAGUGGGCCCUCAGUGCUGUAGAAGUCAAGGCCGCAGAAAAGCCCGCCGAGACAGCACCCGCUCGCAGAGGCGUUGGGAAGUCAGCCAGAUCGAAAUCGAGCGUUAAGGAUGGCCACUGGGACUGGACAACGCAAAUACAGAUUUCAAUGGAAACUAUGUGCAAAGUCAUGAAACUCAAGCUCAGCAGGAUCUUUUUGACAACUUCAGAUCGCGACACGUUCAUAAACCUCUUUACUCGUUCGAUUUACCUCAUUCUUGAAAGUGAGCAGCGUGUGAAGAGUAUGAGUAUUCGGAUGCAUGCAUUCAAGGUUCUGUGUAUCGCAGUAAAGCAUCACGGGCAUGCAUUCGGAGCCCAGACUUCUAUCGUACAGAGCUUGACAUACUUCGAGCAUCUGUCGGAACCCAUGGCAGAGUUCUUACAUAUUUUGGCAGAACAAUAUGACUACCCUCAACUUUCAGAUGAGAUUCUCAAGGAGCUUGGGAACAAGGAAUUCAAUUCUAAUGAUACCCGGGGGCCUAAGUCGGUGUCGGCCUUCAUUGUGAAACUUUCAGAACUGGCCCCACGACUUAUUAUAAAACAAAUGACACUCUUGGCCAAACAAUUGGACAGCGAGUCAUAUACUCUUCGAUGCGCCGUUGUCGAAGUUUGCGGAAAUCUAAUCUCGGAUCUUAGCCGGCAAGAGGAGCGAAGUGAUAACUACAAAACACAGAUAAACGCAUUCUUCGAUGUGCUCGAGGAGCGCUUCCUUGAUAUCAAUCCUUACUGUCGAUGCAGAGCAAUCCAGGUGUACAUGAGGAUCUGUGAACUGGAACAAAAAUUUCCAAAGAGACGGCAAGCCGUAGCCGAGUUAGCAGCAAGGAGCUUGGAAGACAAAAGCAGUAAUGUGCGGCGGAACGCCAUCAGAUUACUUUCGAAACUAGUCUCGACCCAUCCGUUCAGUGUCAUGCAUGGUGGGCAACUCUCGCAUAAAGAAUGGACGGAGAGACUCGAUGCCGUUGAUUCUGAACUUAAUGCACUGAGACCACCUGAAACGCCUGGUUUUGGUGGCGCAGAUGCAUCACAUGUUGACAGUGAAUUGUUAGACGAUGCUACUCAAAUGCCGGAUGAAUCUCCGUCUAAGGCCACAGGGUUAACGGAAGAAGAGAAGAUCGUGGCCAUGAAAAAAGCCGCCGAACAAGCCGCCACAUCCGAGCUGCUGGCACGGCUCCAGCUAACAAGGAAAUACUACAAUGAAGCCCUUCGAUUCAUUGAUGUCCUUCAUUCUUCUUCUGAGAUAGUCGCCCAGCUCUUGUCCUCAAGGAACAAGAGUGAAGCCAUUGAGGCUAUGGACUAUUUUGUCGUGCUUGAUGCAUACAAGGUUGAGACUUCCCGUAGUGGAAUACGGCGAAUGCUCCGGCUGAUUUGGACUAAAGGUAAUAGUGAUGAAGGCAAGGGAGUCCAAACCCACUUGAUCGACUGUUACAAAGGACUUUUCUUUGAAGCCCCCGAUUCUUUUAGCCCUAAUGAUGCCGCAAAUUACAUUGCCCGAAACAUGAUCAGUCUGACUUUUGGGUCAACGCCUGCCGAACUUACUUGUUUAGAGCAACUACUGAGCACCAUGAUGAGGGCAGGCUAUGUCUCAGACACCGUUGUUGCAAAGCUCUGGCAAGUCUAUGGCGUGCAAAAGAAAGAGAUCUCGAGGACGCAACGUCGAGGGGCCAUUAUUGUUCUCGGCAUGCUCGCUUUGGCAGAUCCUGAGGUAGUCAUAAGAGAGAUUGAGACAAUGUUGCGAAUUGGACUUGGAAGUCUGGGCAGAUCUGAUCUUGUGCUUGCAAAGUACACAUGCGUUGCGUUGCGACGAAUGGUACCAGGUCGCCAAGCAAAGUCUAAGGACGUUGGCAUCCCUAAACUUGCAAAUGAUCAUGCUGUUUUGACUAAGCUUGCGGCCAUAAUUGAAACAGUUUCCGAGAGUAAAGAGUGGUAUGGCGUAGCGGAGCAAGCCAUCGGUGCCAUCUAUGCCUUGUCGAAGCAUCCUGAUGUCCUAUGUUCGGACCUUCUCAGACGAAAAACUCGUUUUGUCUUUCAAUCACAAAUUCAACGAUCUUCUUCAAGAGUCUCCGAUGACGAAGAAGAGCAAAGACCCGGAACAGCUUCGACAGAUGACCAUGGAGCAAGACAAAAGGCAUCUUCUGCUGCAAUUUCUCAGCUGCUCUUUGUUGUUGGCCAUAUCGCAAUAAAACAGAUCGUUCACCUAGAACUCUGUGAACUUGACUUCAAACGCCGCAAGGCAGAACAGGAGAAGAACAAAGUCGCCAACUCCUCGGCCCAAAAAAGCAACGACCCAACCGAGGAUGAUGAACUUGACCUCAUCGGUGGAACGACUGAAGACGACUUUACCGAUGCCAUGGCACACAUCCGAGAACGAGAGUUACUUUACGGGGAAAACUCGCUCCUGUCUAAUUUUGGACCGUUGGUCACGGAGAUUUGCGCAAAUAGCAAUAUUUAUGCCGAUCGCAACCUUCAGGCUGCAGCAACUCUGUGCAUGGCUAAGUUGAUGUGUGUCUCGGCUGACUACUGCGAAAAAAACCUUCCCCUUUUGAUAACCAUCAUGGAGCGCUCCGAAGAUCCGAUUGUUCGCAGCAACGCCGUAAUCGCCCUAGGAGACAUGGCCGUCUGUUUCAAUCACCUUAUAGACGAAAACACAGACUUUCUGUACUGUCGACUGAACGACAACGAUGCAUCCGUCAAGCGGACCUGUCUGAUGACGCUCACUUUCCUCAUAUUAGCGGGCCAGGUUAAAGUCAAGGGACAGCUGGGCGAAAUGGCCAAAUGUCUUGAGGAUGAAGACAAGCGGAUUGCUGACUUAGCGCGCAUGUUCUUUACUGAACUGGCAAGCAAAGACAAUGCAGUAUACAACCAUUUCGUUGACAUGUUCAGCCUUCUAAGUGCAGAACGAACCCUCGAGGAAGCUUCGUUGAGACGUAUUGUGAAGUUUCUGAUUGGCUUUGUUGAGAAGGAAAAGCAUGCUCGGCAAUUGGCGGACAAGCUGGCUGCUCGGCUUCCCAGAUGCGAGACAGAGCGUCAAUGGAAUGAUGUCACUUAUGCGCUGUCUCUUCUCCCUCACAAGAAUGAAGAAAUAACAAAAACAAUAACCGCAGGGUUCAACAAGGUUAUGACAACAAAUGCUUAGGCUGGCGGACCUAUUAUUUCUAGCGGUAUCUCGGGUUUUGGUUUAUAUGUCGAUACAUUAAUGCAAAUUCAGCGGUGUUGGGAGGCAAACAAGGGUGAAAUUGACAUGGAUACUGUCCUGGCUUAAGGGUGUUUGGCUUAUUCUGCUGUCUUACUCAUGGAAGGCUGGUGUUAAAGGCUUUUCUAAUCUAUGGGGCUCUAUUUAGUGUGAUGCUAUGUUGGGGUGCUUUUUAAGUAUAUCAGUGCCUGUAUGCUGGGAAUGCAAUCAC